UUCAGCGACGACGAAGAUGCCAUGCUAGUAAAGCUAGUGGGCCAAUACAACAGCGUAGGAGGGAAACCAAAUUGGCCGUAUAUCACAGAAGCCAUGAGUAUUUACGGCAUACCACGAAAGGUACUGCAAAAUCGGCUCAAGACUUUGAAGAAAACUUAUGGAAAAGAUUUAUCGAAGUUC